UGUCGGUCUAAAGUUAUGAAUUGCCAUAAGGCAAUUUAAAAAUUAUGCCAUUAUAUAUAGUUAAUCUAAAGUUAUAAAAAAAAUCAAAUACAAAAAUAACUUAAGUUUUGAUAAACGAUGUAAUUCAAUCAAUUAUUUAUAAAAUUAGUAAAUUUUAAACAGUAAAAAUAGUUUUACUAUAUUUAUUUCUACAAAACCCAUAAAAAAAUUUGUAUUGUCAAAUAUUUCAAUCAUUGUUGUGUCAGGUAAUAACAAAACGAUCUUUUUUAUGUGGCAUGCUAGACGGAAAUAUUUUUUUGAAAAAUUACAACUUUGAGAAAUUUCUCAUGUGUUUUUAAUAGGGUUUCUAACUUUUUCUGGCAUCGAAAUUUUUUAGUUCCACAAACAAAUUAUCACAAAUCAUUGUUUUAAAGAAAUUUCAAGAUUCCGAACAUGAUGUUCUUAGGAUAUUAUAACUAAAAACGUUUAACAAAUAUUUUUCUAAGUUUAAUAUUGUCAAUUUUAUUUAUUUAUACAUUAAUAAGACAAUUUUUUUUUAAGUACUGGAUGCCAUAAUUAAUGGUUGGGUGGCUGGCUAUUCCUCUGGGGGCGGCUCUAACUAAUCUUACAUGUGUCAUGGUAGUCUUCGUGUCUAAGAUUUUAUUUCAUCGUUCUUCUGUUUUCUUAGUUGAUAAGGUUCUAUUUUAAAAAUUAUUUUUAUCAUCUACCAAGUGUUCUCAAAUGGUCAUCCAACAGGUCAUCACAUAUGUAAUGGACGGGGAUGGACAUUUUGACAAUUUCAUGAGCUGCAAAAAAUGGCAAUAAUGGGUGAAGUAUGGACUAACAUAGGGUCUGCUGUCGCAAGCCUCGUGUUCAUAUACACGAUCUUCGAAAGAUUCUUCCCUUAUCAUCUCCGUGAAAAUCUCGAGCCCUUAGUGCAAAGGUUCAUCAAUCUUUUCUACCCGUACAUACAGAUAAAGUUCUUUGAAUACAGCGGCGAACGGUUCGAGCGAAACGAUGAUUAUGCAACGAUCCAGAACUAUCUCAGUAAAGACUCUUCUUCUCGAGCAAAGAAACUAAGGGCCAACACAAGCAAAGGAAGUAAAUCUAUUGUCCUUAGCAUGGACGACCAUGAAGAGAUCACUGAUGAGUUUAAAGGAGUCAAGGUUUGGUGGCAAUCAAAGAAGCACCAAACCGAUAGCCGGUCUAUUUCCUAUUUCCCUAAAACCGAGGAAUCGAGAUUCUACAUCCUCAAGUUCCAUGUACGUGACAGGCAAGUAAUUACAAACAGGUAUCUUGAUCAUAUUAGAAAAGAAGGAAAGAAGAUGGAGGUAAAGAACAGAGAGAGGAAGCUUUAUUCGAACAAUCCAAGCCAGAACUGGUCUGGCUAUAAUCAGACGAAAUGGAGCCAUGUCACUUUCGAGCAUCCCGCGACAUUUGAUACUCUUGCUAUGGAGAGUGAGAAGAAAGAAGAGAUCAAGAACGAUCUUACCAAGUUUAGUAAUAGCCAAGAUUGCUACAAGAGAAUUGGGAAAGCUUGGAAGAGAGGAUAUCUCUUGCACGGUCCACCAGGAACUGGAAAAUCAACUAUGGUAGCUGCAAUGGCCAAUUUCUUGGAUUAUGAUGUCUAUGAUCUUGAAUUGACAACGGUUAAGGAUAACACAGAGCUAAGGAGGCUAUUGAUUGAGACUUCAGGGAAGUCGAUAAUUGUUAUCGAAGAUAUUGAUUGUUCUCUUGAUCUAACUGGUCAGAGAAAGCAGAAGAAGGAGGAGGAGGAAGACGACGAAGAUGAGAUUAGCCCAAUUGAGAAGCAAAUGAAGAAAGAAAAAAGUGAGGGUACAGGAAGCAAAGUGACAUUAUCAGGGUUAUUGAAUUUCAUAGAUGGGUUAUGGUCAGCUUGUGGUGGUGAGAGGAUCAUUGUGUUCACUACUAAUUUCAUAGAUAAAUUAGAUCCGGCUUUGAUUCGUAAAGGAAGAAUGGAUAAGCAUAUAGAAAUGUCGUAUUGUGGCUUUGAAGCGUUUAAAGUGUUGGCAAGGAAUUAUUUGUAUGCUGAGGAAGAAGGUGAGUUGUUUCAAGAGAUUCAGAGGUUGCUUGAGGUAGAAAAAAUCAAGAUGACUCCAGCCGAUGUGGGAGAGAAUCUGUUGAUGAAAACAGAACAUGAAGCUAAAGAGACUUGUCUGAAUCGAUUGAUCGUAGCGUUGAAGGAGGAGAAAGAAGAAGCAAAGAAGAGGGUUGAGGAAGAGGAGAAGAAGAAAGAAAAAGAGAAGGAUAUUAAGAGGAAGAGGAGAGAUGAUGAUCAGAGGGAAAAGAAAGAAGAUAUAUGAAUUGCAUAUCCAGUAUUUUUGGGGUGUGUAACUUUGAAUAUGCACAAUUCUUACGUCAUCUGUCUUAAAUUAUAAUUCUAUGUAUUUAAGUGAUCACUUGAUUAAUAAUGAUCUUUCGACUUUCUGAUUCAAUUUGUAAUUAAUCAUAUGGAAAGUAGACCCUGAUCAGCCCUUAACAUCCUUACUUCCUUAGUUAUCCCCUGUUUCAGUA